CGGGAGUGGCUCCGCUGCCCGGGCAGUGCCGGGGGACCCGCGAUGGGCUCCGGCCGCCGCUGCUCGCUCCUGCCGCUGCUGCUGCUGCUGCUGCUGCUGGAACUGCCCGCGGCGUGGGGGGACUGCGGGCCUCUGCCAAAUAUCAGCCACGCGGAGCCCCGAGGGGACACCAAACACCAGCAGAGCUUCAGCGUGGGCUCCACAGUGACCUUCGUCUGUGUCCCGGGUUACACCAAACUCCCCUCUCUCUCCAACACCAUCCGGUGCCUGUCGAACUCCCGCUGGUCCAGCCCGCCAGAGUUCUGUGGCCGCAGCUGUCCCACACCCAGACCUGUGCCAUUUGCUGCGCUAUCACCAGAAGACAAAAUGCAGAAUUUUUACGCCGUUAACACCACGGUGAGGUACAUUUGUCGCCAAGGUUAUGAAAACACCACAGCCCAGCCCCCCACCAGCACCUGUUUGGACAACUUAACAUGGACAGAAGUACCUGAACUGUGUCAGAAGAAAUCUUGCGGUAUUCCAGCCAAUCCAGAACAUGGCCAAGUUAUCCUAAAAGAUCAUCUGCUGGGCGCAACAGCCAGAGUGGUUUGUGACCGUGGGUACAGAUUGAAGGGAGCAUCACCUUCCAUCAGGUGUCUCCUACAGGGCGACAAAGCUGUCUGGAGUCCUCUUCCAGCUUGUCAGGCGAUUUCCUGCCCCCCUCCUCCAGCCAUCCCCCACGGGCAGCACAGUGGCAACAGCUCGGAGGGGUUCGUGCUGGGCUCCGUCACAACCUACACGUGUGAGCCGGGGCUGGAGCUGGUGGGACCGGACACGCUGCGCUGCACCGGCGACAGCGGCGACAGCGGCGACAGCGGCGACAGCGGCACCUGGAGCGGGGCCCCGCCCGCCUGCCGGGGUGAGCCCAUCCCCGCUCACAGCCGCCCCUUCCCCCGCAGUUUGCUCCUGCUGGGCUGCUCGCUGCUCCUGGUCCCAUCUGGCAGCACAGGCACUCCGCACGGUUUGCUCCCAGGGCAGCAGCACUGGCUCUGCACGGCGCCAGGCUCUGCUGAGGAGCACCAGGAGCAGAACCAGACUUGGAUUUAUGUUUUCCCUUCAAGAGGAACAGGCAGAAAUGUAAUGAACAAUGAGCUGCUGUCUGUGCCAGGCAUGGUGCCCGCCUUCACCCUCUGCCUGCUGGGCAGCUCCGCUCUGCUCCUCAGCACCACGCCCGGGGCUCAAGCUGCCUGGUGCCCGCCGCCCCGCGUGCCCUACGGGCGGGUGUCCCCUCGUCACUAUUCCUACCGGACAUGGGACACCGUGAGCGUCACCUGCAACCCGGGCUACACCCUGCGGGGUCCCGGCAGCAGCACCUGCGGGGCUGCCUCCCGGUGGGAGCCCCCUCUGCCGAAGUGCAAAAAGGAGGUGACGUGUCCCCGGGCACCGAGCAUCGCCAACGGGCUGCACUCCGGGCUCUCCUCGGGCAGCUUUCCCCGGGGAGUGACCGUGUCCUACAGCUGCAGGGAGGGCUUCCAGCUGCUCGGCAACGAGUCCAUCACCUGCACGGACUCCGGGCGCUGGAGCCGGCCCCUGCCCCGCUGUGAAGCGAUCGGCUGCCAGGUACCCGAGGUGCAGAAUGGGAAGGUGCACAACGUGCAGAGCGCCUACAGAGCUGGAGAGACCCUGCACUUUGACUGCCACCCUGGCUAUGCAGCAGAGCACUCCGAUGAGGCUCGGUGCCAGCCCGGGGGCAUCUGGGACCCGCCGGUGCUCGUGUGCCAUAGGGUCCGGCCGUGCCCGAUGCCUCCGGAGGUAGCCAAUGGAAAUCACAACGGCCGGGACAGAGCAGGGUUCACCAUGGGAAUGUCUGUAAGGUACAGCUGCGAUCCUGGCUAUUACCUGGUUGGAAAUGCCGCUGUGUCCUGCAGAGCAUCAGGCAACUGGAGCCAGCCCCGCCCUCGCUGCGAAGAGGUGACGUGUCCCCGGGCACCGAGCAUCGCCAACGGGCUGCACUCCGGGCUCUCCUCGGGCAGCUUUCCCCGGGGAGUGACCGUGUCCUACAGCUGCAGGGAGGGCUUCCAGCUGCUCGGCAACGAGUCCAUCACCUGCACGGACUCCGGGCGCUGGAGCCGGCCCCUGCCCCGCUGUGAAGCGAUCGGCUGCCAGGUACCCGAGGUGCAGAAUGGGAAGGUGCACAACGUGCAGAGCGCCUACAGAGCUGGAGAGACCCUGCACUUUGACUGCCACCCUGGCUAUGCAGCAGAGCACUCCGAUGAGGCUCGGUGCCAGCCCGGGGGCAUCUGGGACCCGCCGGUGCUCGUGUGCCAUAGGGUCCGGCCGUGCCCGAUGCCUCCGGAGGUCGCCAAUGGAAAUCACAACGGCCGGGACAAAGCGUUUUUUACCGCUGGAAUGUCUGUAAGGUACAGCUGCGAUCCUGGCUAUUACCUGGUUGGAAAUGCCGCUGUGUCCUGCAGAGCAUCGGGCAACUGGAGCCAGCCCCGCCCUCGCUGCGAAGGGACUGUCUGCAUCAAUCCAAUCGUAGCCAAUGGAAGGCAAGUUGGUGGCCACGGGCUUCUCUCUGCCCCCGGGCAAACGGUGACAUUUCAGUGCCACGAUGGGUACAGCCUGCAGGGCAGCGCCAGCCUGUCGUGCCAGGAGGAUGGCAGCUGGCAGGCCCCUGCUCCUGUGUGUGACAGAGCACUGCCCUACCACACCUCCUUCACCAGGUCUCCAGGUGCUUGUGGUGCUCCCACAAGGUUACAGUUUGCUGAGCUAAAUGAGGAGCACAGAAAUGCCAUUGAUUUUCCUGUUGGGAAGACUGUGCAAUACACUUGCCACCCUGGAUAUGCUAAAGUGCCAGGAAUGUCACCUACUCUGACAUGCCUUGAGAGUGGAGUGUGGUCAGAAGCACUAGAGUUCUGGAAACAGUGCAGCCACCCAGGAGAGCCUGUGAAUGGCAAGAUUAUUUCCCUGACAAAUCUCCAGCUUGGGUCUACAGUGGUUUACAGCUGUGAGGAAGGGCACAGGUUAAUUGGACAACCCAGCAGACGCUGUGAGAUCUCUGGGGGACGUGUUGCAUGGACUGGCCACACUCCCCUCUGUCAGCGCAUCCCCUGCGAGCCACCGCCGGACAUCCCCAACGGGCAGCACACGGGCCGGCUGCAGAGCGAGUUCCACUACGGCACGGCCGUGACCUACAGCUGCAACCGCGGCCUCCCCCUGCACGGGGAGCCCUCCAUCCACUGCACCACCCGCGACGGCCACAACGGCGUCUGGAGCGAGCCCCUGCCGGCCUGCGGAGAGGCAAGCUGUGCUGUCCCACAGAUCCAGCACGGGAGGAUCGUGGCUGCCAGGGCUGCCUAUGCACACAGGGACACUGUGACCUUCCAGUGUGACCCAGGCUAUGCCAUUCGUGGCCACAGAGAGAUCCAGUGCCAGCCAAACAACACCUGGGAGCCGCCUGUGCCUGUCUGCGAGCAGGCUGGCUGCAGAGCCCCUGCCAGGCUGGGCUUUGCCGAGCUGAAGGAGCCCUACAGGAACCAGACAGUGUUUCCUGAGGGGAGCAGGGUGGAAUUCAUGUGCCAGCCUGGCUACACCCAGCUCCUGGGGGUGUCACCAGCCAUCACCUGCCUCAGCAACCAGACGUGGUCUGCAGCGCUGGAGUUCUGUAAAAGGAAGCAGUGCCCCAGCCCAGGGAACCCAGUGAAUGGCAGAGCUGUUGUCCUGACAGAUCUCCUCCUCGGGUCCAAAAUCAAUUACACUUGUGACAAAGGGUACAAGCUGGUGGGAGGCUCCCAGAGAAUUUGUGAGGUCUCUGGCACACACGUCUCAUGGAGUGGGGAUCCUCCUGUCUGCCAGCGCGUCACCUGCGCUGCCCCUCCGGCCAUCCCCCACGGGACACACAGCGGGGGCUCCAGGGCCACCUUCUCCCUGGGGGACGUGGUCACCUACACCUGUGCCUCGGGGCUGGCCCCAGCUGGAGACACCUCCCUGUCCUGCACCUCUGCGGAUGGGGAGCGUGGCACGUGGAGUGGGACAGUGCCACGGUGCCAAGAGGUGAGGUGCCCUGCCCCGCCGAGCAUUGCCAACGGGCAGCACGGUGCCAGCCCCGGGGCCAGGCACAGCCCGGGCUCCGUGGUGCUCUACACCUGCGCCGAGGGCUACUCCCUGCUGGGCAACGCCUCCAUCCGCUGCACCGCCAGGGGCACCUGGAGCCGGCCCCAGCCCCGCUGCCGAGCAAUUGGCUGCACCAGGCCAGAGAUCGAGAAUGGAAAAGUGGCUGGGUCAGAGACCACCUACAACCUGGAGGACAUCAUCAUCUUCGAGUGCAACUUUGGUUAUGCCUUGAAGGGCUCCCAAGAGUCCCAGUGCCAGUUUGGGAGCAAGUGGCACCCUCCUGUCCCCAUCUGUGAGAAGCUGCCGCCGUGUCCUUCCCCUCCAACUAUCAGAAAUGGCCAGCACGACAGCAAGGGGGUGACAGAGUUCAUCCCUGGCAUGGCAGUGAAGUACCGCUGUGACCCAGGCUACCUCCUUACUGGGAAAAGCACUAUUUCCUGUUUGCCAUCGGGAGUCUGGAGCAUCCCUUACCCCCGGUGUGAAGUGAUCACCUGCAGCAGCCCCAGCAUCAAGGACGGGGAGGUGGCUGAGGGCCGGAGGGCUGUGUACCACCCUGGGGACAACGUCACCUUCCAGUGCCACCCAGGCUUCGUGCUGAGGGGCAGCCGUGGGGCCAAGUGCCAGCCCGACAGCCGCUGGGUGCCUGCUGUGCCCACCUGCCAGCCAGUGCGGCCCUGCCCUCCGCCCCCCGUCAUCGCCCACGCCACGCUCAGCGCCGAGCCGGGGACCAACUUCACCAGUGGCACCUCCGUGAGCUACAGCUGCCAGCCUGGCUUCUCCCUGCUCGGGGACCCCUCCGUGCUGUGCACGGCCUGGGGCAACUGGAGCCUUCCCUACCCACGCUGUGCAGCUGGUUGUGGCACACCAACACCGUUGCUAUUUGCUGAGCUAAGCGAGGAAUAUGAAAAUCAGACUGAGUUUCCUGUUGGGAUGACUGUGAACUACACUUGUCGGCCUGGAUAUGUGGAACAGCCACAGAUAUCACCAACUAUCACAUGUCUUGAAAAUCUAACGUGGUCUGAAGCCCAGGAGUUUUGCAAAAUGCUGCAAUGCCCUUCACCUCCCAGUAUUGCCAAAGGAACCCACGACAGCCAGGACCUGGAGUUUUUUCCCACUGGGAUGGUUGUGAACUACAGCUGUGACCCUGGCUACAGCCUCCGGGGAGAGGCAUCCAUCCACUGCACCAGCUCUGGCAACUGGAGCCUCCCUCUCCCUCAGUGUGCAGGGAAGCAAUGUAGACACCCAGAACCCCCCAGGAAUGGCAGAGUUGUUGUUCUGACAGAUCUCCUUUUUGGGUCAACCGUGAGCUACACGUGUGAUGAAGGCUACAGACUGGUUGGAGAGUCCCACAGGAGAUGUGAGAUUUUGGGACGAGAUGUUGCCUGGACUGGUCUGCCUCCCAUCUGUCGGAGGGCGGUGUGCCCAGCCCCACAGGUCCAGAACGGGAGGGUGGCUGUCCCCAAGCCCCGCUACACCUACGGGGACUCUGUCACCUUCAAGUGCCGCAGAGGCUUCACCCUGCGAGGCCACCCCAUGUCCCAGUGCCAAGGGGACAGGAGGUGGCACCCGCCUGUACCUGUCUGUGAGCGGGCUGUGAAGUGUCUGCAGCCUCCGAACAUCACCAACGGGAGGCUGAAAGGCAACGCCUCUGCCACCUUUCCUUCCGGAGCCACUGUAUCCUACAGCUGCGAUCCCGGUUACUCACUGGUUGGGAAUGCUUUCAUCAACUGCACGGGGUCGGGGUCCUGGAGCCAGCCCCUCCCGCAGUGCAAAGAGAUCAGAUGUGAAUUCCCGGACGUCCAAGGUGUCAAAAAAGCUAUUAAAGGAAGUACUUAUCGCUCUGGCACUAACAUCACUCUUGAAUGUGAUGAUGGUUACGUGCUGGAAGGCAUCAGUCACACCCAGUGCCAAGAGGAUUUCAGCUGGGACCCUCCCGUGCCAGCCUGUAAACUGAGGGCCCCGGCGGGCGGGCUCGGCCAUGGCGGCGCCGCGCUGAGAGCGGGCCGGGCGGGGCGGGCCGCGCAUGCGCAGCCGGCCCCGCGCUGCGUCUCCGGCGGCGCCGGGAGGGAGCGGAGCGGCCGCAGCCGCGGCCCCGCUGCGGGCAUGGGGCGGCUCUCGGUGCUGCCGGUGCUGCUGCUGCCCGUGCUGCUGCUGUGGCAGCUCGGCGGAGCCCGGGCUGAGGGCACAUGUCCCAAGCCAGAGCGGCAGCAGAAUGCAGAGCUCAACGAGACCUUCAGGGAAAUCCAGGAUUUUCCACCUGGGACCAAAAUCUCCUUCAUCUGCCGGCCAGGAUACGUGAAGGUCCCAGGGAAGUCACUGACCUGGACAUGUGGUGAUGACUUGCAGUGGUCACAAACAAGCGUGUUCUGUACAGCGAGAGAAUGUAAAUACCCAGGACCCUUGGAAAAUGGUUAUUUUGAUCCAACAGAUCUUACAUUUGGUUCAAAAUUGACAUUUCAUUGUAAUGAAGGAUACAGAUUAUUGGGUAAGGGAGAGAUUUCCUGUGAUAUCAAGAAUGGAGGUGUUGACUGGAGUGGAGCUCUGCCUUACUGUGAAAUAAUCCCUUGUGAGCCACCUCCCAAAAUAGCCAACGGGGAGUACGAGGAGAGAGCCAGCUACGUGUACCAGAGCUCAGUGACCUACAGGUGUCUGGAUGUCCCCAAGGGCAGUGAUCCCUUCUUCCUCAUUGGCCCAGACACCAUUCACUGCACAUCUGAUGCACACUCAAACGGAGUUUGGAGUGAGCCACCUCCAGAAUGUCGAGUGGUCAAAUGCGAAGACCCCAGAGUUGAAAACGGGAGAAAAAUAUCUGGAUUUGGAUUUCCCUACAGAUACAAGGACUCAGUUGUGUUUGAGUGUAAUCAAGGCUAUGUCAUGGUUGGAGCACAGGUAAUUACCUGUGGAGAAAAUAACACCUGGGAUCCUCCACUACCAACCUGUGAGAAAAUUUCUCCAGAGGUGUGUCCUGCCCCGAAGGUCCCCAACGGGGCCUUGAUUCCAGGCAAACCUGCCUAUGCAAAAGGAGAGACUGUGCAGAUCAGGUGCAAUGCUGGCUGCUCCUUCCCUGAUGGUUCUACAGAGGUGACAGUGACCUGUCAAGAACAGAGUUCCUGGGGUGCUUUACAGCACUGUACCUGUGAGUCUGAAGGUUCUGGUUCCACACCAGUCAUAAGCUAUGGGAGAGUGAUAGAUGGACAAAAAUCUUCCUACUCUGUGGGGGAUUUCAUUACCAUUGAAUGUUACACGGGGUACACCUUGAAUGGGGAGGCUCGGAUUCAGUACAUUGGAAACAACCAGUGGGUGCCUGCAGUGCCAACCUGCCAGCUCAGUGGAUAUAUUAUAGCCAUCAUCUGUGUGAUUGUGGUAGUUGUGGUGCUCCUGGCAGCCUUCUGGAUCUACAAGAAAUUCUUCUCACAGAAUGGCUCGUACACAGUUGAUGAGAGUUGCAAGGAAAUUUGUAUUUUAAAAACUAAUGUCCCAGCUGAGAUGGAAGAAACUGCACAAAUGAAUUAAUGAAAAGGAAACGUGACAGCACUCCCAGUUCUGCCGAAUAUAAGAUGUGUAAAGCAUGACUGCCCUUGCUGGGGGUGGGAGGGACUUGGCAGUGGGAUGUCCUUGGCAGAGCUGGACAAGGAUUGAUUCCCUUGCACUGAGUGGCUGCCCAUGAGUUCCUUGUGCUGAUGGACUGGAGGAGGAGAUGCUUGAUAGGAUAAGAAGUGUGUGUGCAUCUAGCUAACACAGAUCCUGCUUUGCCCUCCCUGUCCUUCUGUGCACGUCAGCUGGGGGAAGGGCAAUACCUGUAGCAUGCCAGAGUCUGUGGGAGUGCUGCAAUGUCCCUGUCCCAGUGCCAGCUGCUGCUGCCUGCUGCCUUCAGUGCCACCUCUUGGCUUACAGAAGAUAUCCAAUAUUCUCCUCUGUCCUGUAGAGCUCUGCUCACUCAAACCUGGCUGUCCUUCCCAUCCCUUUUUGCAGCAGGGGUGGUGUAAAUGGUUCUGGUGUUUCCUUUGUUGCUCAUUCCCUGAAGAGUCUGGUGCCAUUGAAGGCAGUGUCUUUUGGAAACUAUCACAAUUAAGAUCUUAUAUACUCUACCUCUUUGUCUGCCAAAGUUGGUUGCUGUAUAUAUAAUUAAUUAAAGUGUGCCUUGAAAUCAGAGUUUUAUAGCUUUUCCUUUGCUUUUAAGAAGGAAAAAAGCUAUAUAUGUAUUUCUGAUUCUUUGCUUUAAUCUCCCAAAGACUGCAGUGGAUUGGUUGGACCUGAAAACUGAAGGAUUCUGUAGCAAAGGCAUCCCCUGCUUGUUGACAGGAGAUCCCUAAUUAAAGGAACUGCUGAGAGCUCAGUGGUGGCUGUGUCCUGUCAUGAGCACAGUGGAAGUUCCUUAGGGUGCUCAAUUUUAGUGAGCCUUGAUGUCAGGUCUGGAGAUCUUCUGUUGCUUUCAGGGGUAGAAACAGGUGCUGUGUGAUCCACUUUCCUUGCUUUUUUACUUGAAGUCACAUAUUUCACAUUUCUAACCUCUGGCUGCAGACUGGGAUGUUAAAUCAAGCUCUGAAAAGCUGGAUUUAGCAUCAGAUUCCUGUUUAGAAGCAGAAGCUUUUCCCUAUCACUUGCUCUUCAUGUUAAAGGAAAACCAAACCAGUUCAGUUGUGUGAGUGCUGGUAGAUGUGGUGGUCUCUUGUUUGCUGCUUGGUGCUUGUUCAGCAAUGUUUCAGUCCAGAUUCUCACUCCAGGAGCUCCCACCACUGUGUUUGCCAUUAGUUUAGAGUCACUGCUACAUCUAAUUCCUCAGCAAACCCCAUAUCUUAACUAGAACAGGUUUUAGCUCCAUGAAUCUCACUAUCAGCAUCCAGACAGCUUCUAAUUUUCACAGAAAACCCAAAUAGCCUCACUUCAGAUGCCUGAGGCAGCAUUGAAAGUGCUCUGGCUUGUCUGUGGCUGCUUGGCACUGCUCUCCCUGUCAUCAACAGAUUGUUGGAGUGGCACAGAACUGUUUGGGGCUUUUUAGGGCUUUUUGGGACAAUCCCAGCAGUUGCAUUGUUGGAGCUCAUAAUAGGCUGUGGUUGUUAGAAAGGGGCUUUGGCUCUGCAGAAGGAUUUGGUGUUCGUGGCCUGGCUGAUAGCUCAGCUUGAGAGUUGUUUGUAAACACUGGGAUGUGUGACUGGGACUGAGUGUGGUGCUGGUCAGGAGCUCAGCUUGCUUUGUGUGGCAUCUGCAAUGUGCUGAAAUACACUGGAAUGUUCUUAAUUGGGAAGUGAAAUCACUGUAACAAGUGGCUGUGUUUUUGUUCUUCUUUCUGGAUGUCAAGAUUAGCCAUGAUUUGUAAUAUUCCAAAUAAAAAUGUUAAAUUAUUUAGCA